UAUUUUCUAUAUUUAUUUGAAUUGAACUAUUUUCUUACUACAUCGAUAUUUAAAUCAUUUUAAUUUACAUGUUUUUUUUAUUUUGAUGAAAAUCGAUUAAAUAUUAUUUGUCAUAUCAUUUCACAAUCUUAUUCGAGGAUUUCUUUCGUUUAAAAUAAAGAUUUUCAUUCUUUGAUUACAACUAAAUAUGGCUACCCCUGGCACUGAUAAUAAGGAGGAGUUGGUUCAAAAGGCCAAAUUAGCUGAACAGGCUGAACGAUAUGAUGAUAUGGCUGCUGCUAUGAAGCAAGUGACAGAAACUGGUGCAGAGUUGAGUAAUGAGGAAAGAAACCUAUUAUCUGUUGCUUACAAAAAUGUUGUUGGAGCCAGAAGAAGUAGCUGGAGAGUAAUAAGCAGUAUAGAACAAAAAGCAGAGAACAGUGAAAGCAAACAAACCAUGUCCAAGGAAUACAGGGAGAAGGUUGAAAAAGAGCUCAGGGAUAUUUGCUAUGAUGUAUUGGGUUUACUGGACAAAUAUCUUAUACCAAAAGCAAGCACUCCAGAGAGUAAAGUUUUCUAUUUGAAGAUGAAGGGUGAUUAUUAUAGAUACCUAGCUGAAGUCGCAACAGGAGAACAAAGAGAUACUAUAGUAAAAAAUUCCCAAGAAGCUUACACAGAAGCAUUUGAUAUUAGUAAAGAGAAGAUGCAACCUACUCACCCUAUAAGACUGGGACUGGCUCUCAACUUUUCGGUGUUUUAUUAUGAAAUUCUGAAUUCACCAGACAAGGCUUGUCAUUUGGCCAAACAGGCAUUUGAUGAUGCUAUUGCAGAGCUUGAUACAUUGAAUGAAGAUUCUUAUAAAGACAGCACACUCAUUAUGCAACUCUUACGUGAUAACUUAACUCUCUGGACAUCUGAUACUGGAGAUGCGGAAGAAGAAAAUCAAGAACCAACCUAAUCUUUUGUGCAUGUUGUCUAAUUGAAUUUUUUUUACAAAUAUCUCAUUUUAUAUAUAUAUCUUUUUUUCUCUCAUCCUUCACUUAACUAUCUAAUGCGACAUGAAUAAAAUAUCCAUUCAUUCAUAUAAUUAUUAAUUAAUUUAUCAUUGGUUGUAUGUAAACUUAUAAAUAUAAAUUUUUUUGCAUGCCACAAAAAAAUUUUAAGAUAUAAUUUUAGCCAAAAAAUUAUGAACAUAAAAAGGCUUCUUAUCCUGAUUAUUUAUUUAGUCCCUUUUGUAUUUAUAAUAUCUAGUAUAAAUAUUUAACAUUUUUUUUGGUAUGUGAUAAAUAUAGCAAAAGUGUUGGCCAUAAAUAACCCAUUCUAUUUUACUACAUAGAUAUUACAAUAUUAUAAUUGAUCAAUUUCUUUUUAUCACACAUUAAUAAGAAAGGUUUAACUUAUCAACAUGGUUUUUAUAAUUUUUUUUAUUAUAACUAGUAAUCCAGGCAAUGAAAAUAAAACUAUUCUAACUUUUUUUUUAAAAAAAAUCAUUUUGUUGAGUGUUAUUUAAUUUUUAUUCACAUCUUUAUUGAAUAUUUUCUUUCUUUAUUUUAGAAAUGUAUCUAAAACUAAAUUUGAUAUUAACCUGAAAAAUUAUUAUAAAAUAUAAAUAGUUGUAUAUUUUUAAAAAAAUAAAUAUUUUUAAAAAAUUAUAAAUUUUUUCAACAAAUUUUAUUUUGUAUUUUUUAUUAAUUUUUUUUUGCUUUUUACAUAUAUACAUAUAAAUAACAAAUACAAUAAUAACUACAAAUGUCAGCUGGC